AUGGCAGUCUCUGGCAUGAAGGAUUUUCCUGAGGUGACUAAUAUUGCAAUGGUCAAUGGAAUUCAACUCAACUAUCAUGACACUAUUACCUGUCGGAUGAUCCCCAGACAGCAGUUCAUGGAAGAUUAUUUUGAUGCAAAAUACUGGGAAUAUCUCACAGGUCUCGGGAAUACCCGAUCAGACAUGGCAAAGGAGAAUCUGAAUACACUAAUGAAAAGUACAAACCAGACAUCUGAAAUUCACACCUUUCAAUGGAUAGCAACUGUUGAAAUCACUGGUGAUGGCUCUGUGAAGAGAUCGAUGAGAUUUGGAUUUGAUGGAAAGGAUUUCAUGAGUUUAGGGCCAGAUAGAUUUAGAUGCAUUGCAACCAAUCACAAUGCAGUGAAGACGAAAGAGAAAUGGAAUUCUGAUGAAUCCUGGAACAAGUAUUGGGAAAUGCAUCUGGAGCAAGGGUUUGUUCAGGAA